AUGAUCGCUGUGAUCUAUGUCCAAAUGACUGCCGUCCUAUUCGAUGAUGUCAAGCGAACCGAGCCCUAUGCUCGAUUAGCACGACUCGAAGGAUCAGAGGCGAUGUCGAGCAUUCUCAAGACUCCAGGGGCAUGGUGGAAUGCAUUAUACGAUGGAUUUGCCAAGAAGAAGCACGGCAGACGCAGCUGGGUAUUGAUAUGUGCAGCGCUCGUCAAUAUCAUUGGCUUCAUGGCUAUCUCCUCACUCUCUUCCGCCUAUUUAUUUUCCGAUGACGUGGUUGUUUCUAAACCAGCCGAUUUCUUUACUCUCACGCCUGUUACCAAUUCUCCUCUGCCUAUCGAUGCAGAUCGCACGACGCAUUUUCGAACCAUUGCCAAUCUGUUACAAAAUGUUUCCACUUCGCCUUGGAUUACAGAUGAAUAUACUAUACUCCCCUUCUGGCCGGCUAGUUUGGAGACAGCCCCUAUCACCUCCCUGCCAUCAACAUCUUCUCAAACCUGGAAGGCAAACACCUUGGUAUUCAAAUCCGAGCUUGAAUGUACAGCAAUGGCAGUCAAAGCUCAAACAAACGAGACAUUACGAUACACGAAUGACACUGUCAAGGUCCCGUCCAUUUCCAUUAUAUGGUCCUCGUCGGAUGGAUGUGAAUAUGGACUAACCGCGGCUAAAUCUUUUUUCAACACGGGAGGUGGCAGUUGGUCUGAUGCUUCCACUUUCUACAAUGCCUAUGAGGCAGUGGAAGGCGACGACCAGUUAACUUCUAAGUCCAACUAUACAGCAGAAUGUGACGGUAAAGAAAUCAUCAUCGUUACCGACUCGUGGACAUCUAGCGAUGCGAAAUAUGGAGCUCAGCUCUGCGAAACGAAUUAUUAUAUGGCAAAUGUCACGACAUCCAUUGCUCCCGCAGAGAAUGAUCCCGACAUCUCCUUCAAUGAGACUGAAUUUGAACAGAAUAAAUUUUCCAUCCCGGAUUCUCUUCUGAACACCACUGAGUUUCGAGCAAUGAUGCUGGACUCGGAUUGGCCGACCUAUAUGAUUUCAAUUCUGUGGUCAGAAACUGCGUUCCUGGGAGGACCUACCAUUCUCUUGGGGGCGCUUUAUGAUUAUAACAUGACUUCUCUAGUCAAUGAUCCAAACUGGAUCUAUUCCGCGGCCAAGUCGAAACAGCGAUAUUUUGGCGAGGUGCUACAGGCGGCUUUAAGUCAUCAAGGUGCUUCUCACAACUCUGCCAUGCAAGGAGUGGUCCGUGAUGUUGAAACCAGAGUCGUGGUUCAACCUGGUGCUGCCAUUGCUUUGGGAGUGCUGUUUGCCAUAUCAUUCUUUCUUGUGCUGUUUGUCUGGUGGUGUACGCAAUUGAGUCGCAGACCAUUGAACUUGUCGCAAGACCCAGCUGCCACUACUGGUGCGGCCCGUCUGAUCUCGGACAAUGCUCGAAUUAGAUCGGACUUCCAGGUGUUCAAACAGCCAUCUCAGAAAGACAUGGAAGAAACACUCAAAGGAGAAUGGUUUAGUACUGACUCCUCUGGACUUUACCGGAUCAGUCCCGAUAACGCAAUCAAGCACAACACCGCACAAUCCCGGAAUGGAACACCCAUGCUACUUCGUCUGCCAGCUUUAUUGGGACUAGUGGUGGUUCUAAGUGCGGUUAUUGCUGGCAUUAUUGUGCUUUAUCACUUCGCGGAGAGUGUCGGGUUAUAUGAAAAGGCAUUUGUCUACCAAGUUCAAGUAUCCUUGUUCAGUAAUGGGGUCGCUUCAGUCGCACCAUUUUCAAUGAUUCCGACUCUCAUAGCCACAGGAAUUGGCCUGUGGUGGGGUGCCAUUGACGAUAAUUUUCGUCGUCUCACACCAUAUUUGGAGAUGUCGCGAGAAAAUCCGCAGCUUUCCCGUGGUGCCGGGCUAUCCUACCAGUCCUCAUUCUGGCUCUGGGCCAGUAUGAAAGCUGCGCUUAACAGACAUUGGCUACUCUCCCUCCUCACAUUUGGAAGCUCACUUUCUCCAAUAUUUACGACUACGAUGUCGGCUCUGUUUGAUCGCGGCCCUGGAAAUGUCACCCAGGCCAUUACCUUUAACCGUACAUUAGAGAUUCGGGACAUUCCCCUUGUUUUUGCUACUUCGCAAUCAUACUACCCCGAUGCCUCAGACGAUUAUGCUGGAAAGGUCAUGGCCGAGUUAUAUACGAAUCUUUCUUCUCAUUGGAUGUACACAGCAGCCAUCCAGUUGACACUGAAUGGGUCACAGCCUUCUUGGAGUAAGGACGGCUGGAGCUUUGUGCCCAUCAAAAUGAACGACCUUGGCCGUAUUGACCUACCGGAUGAUCUUGAUGCUUCAGACGAAACACUCGGCGGACCUACACAAAACAUCUCAUUCACAACACCUGCCAUUCGCGGCCGCAUCGAGUGUACCGAAUAUCCAGUCCAAACCCUGACGAAUCUGUCGGUCUGGCUUACAUCUACGGAUUUAAGCAACCAUACACUUUGGAAUGCGAGCACAAUCCCACAUGACCUCGAAGGGGGCUAUCAGCUCGGCGCAGUAUACAGCAAACUACCCAGUGCCAUCCUUCCAAUCACAUCAUCCGAAAAUAUCUCAACUUGUCCGAACUGCACAACUGUCUUCGUUAACCCAUCCGAGAUAAUCUGCUGUGGCAAUGGAAGCAGUAGCGCGUGGGAUCCCAGCGUAGCCAUCGGGUAUUGGUCUCCGAACACCGACCCUGAAAGCUGGACAGUACGCCAAUGGCAAAGAAACUUUACAGCCAAAUGGAUUCAUGGAAAUGCGGUGACUGGUAUUGAGCGGAACUCAGACCAAAACCGCUACUAUGAUGCCGAUUUACUGUUUCCCGACGUCCCAUCGGUAACAAUGAUGAACUGCAGACCACUGGUUGAGUCGGCUGAAGCUGAUGUCACCGUGAACCCGGCCAGUGGCGAGAUUCAGACCUUCAGCAUCACGAGCCAGCCAACGGAGUUGCCGGAUGCAUUCGCGGAUAAUUUCCUGCCACAUAACAAGACUCGAUUCAGUCGGGAGACCGGCCUCUUCUACUACAAUGUGACUUUAAGCUACGGUCGACUCUUCAUGGCAUCCAUGCUCACAGCAGCCGACACACUCCACCUCGGUGGCGCCUCGCACGUAGGAGGCUACAGCACAGAAGAUCUAACAGACAACACUUAUAAUAUCCGCGACGAGAUCAACGGCCUAAACAUGGACUUCAUGACAUACUCCAUGUACACCAUGGCAGGCAAAGACCCAUCAGCCCUACUUAACGUAGAAACAUUCACCACGCUCGCACAGAAGACAUUCACAACAUUCUUCCAGCACUAUGUCAGUAACAACGUCUCCCUAACCUCAGGCGGCUGGGCAUAUCAGACAAUCAACGCAAGUCUACCCAGUACUCUAGGACCGGCCAUCGAGCUGGUAGAUGGAUACUACCCUAGCAACAGGGCCACAGCGUACCAAGACGUGAUGCAUCCCAUCUCGCAUACAAACAGAACAGUCUCGGCCCGUCUUUCCCAACGGGUUGAACUUCUCCAGAUGAACGCCAUCGCUGUCUGGCUUAGUGUCGGCAUUAUGGGCUGGUUAAUCCUCACCACUAUCAUUAUCGCGAUUCUUCAAAAUCGUUACUUCGGUAGCUUGGUCCGGAACGUGGAAAGUCUGGGUGAUGUACUGGUACUCAUAUCCGGCAGCGCGAAUCUCCUUCAAGUGGUGCGGGAGAUCGAGUCGGGGAAGCUUUUGCCAGGAGAUUAUAAAGGAUUGCGGACGCGGUUGGGUUGGUUUGUUGAUGAGGAUGGGGGGUUGCGGUGGGGAAUUGAGAUGGAAGAGAGUUAUGAUGAUGGACCUGGAGUGCAUUGGGUAUCUGAGCCGCAGUUCUCCAAGGAGAGAAAUAGUACUUGGAAUGUUAGAGAAGGGGAGGAAAGUCUAUAG